AUGGCUGCGAUCGCGAGCUCCCUGAUCCGCCAGAAACGGCAAGCGCGCGAGUCCAACAGCGACCGGGUUUCUGCGUCCAAGCGGCGUGCGAGCCCCAGCAAAGACCCGCGCUCCCUGUGCGAGCGCCAUUUCCUCGGCGUGUUCGGUAAAGUGCGCUGCUGCAGCGGCAAGAAAAGACCCGUGCGCCGGCGACCAGAUGCGCCCUCGAAACCUCCACAGGUGUCCCGUAAGGGCAUCAGGCUAGAGCCGCAGCUGAAAGGGAUUGUGACCCGACUGUUCAGCCAGCAGGGCUACUACCUGCAGAUGCAGCCAGAUGGAACCAUUAACGGUAGCAAGGACGAGAACAGCGACUACACCCUUUUUAACCUCAUCCCGGUCGGACUACGGGUGGUGGCCAUCCAGGGUGUGAAGGCUGGCUUCUACAUUGGCAUGAAUGGAGAAGGUUCGCUCUACAGCUCGGAGAUGUUCACUCCCGAGUGUAAAUUCAAGGAGUCUGUCUUUGAGAACUACUAUGUCAUCUACGCUUCCAUCAUAUACCGGCAGCAGGAGUCGGGCCGAGCCUGGUUUAUGGGCCUUACAAAAGACGGCCAAGUCAUGAAGGGCAAUCGCGUGAAGAAAACCAAGCCCUCCUCACACUUCCUCCCCAGGCCUGUUGAAGUCUGCAUGUACCGGGAGCCUUCGCUGCACGAGCUCGAAGACAAGCAUCGCUCCAGGAAAAGCUCAGGAACUCCGGCCAUGAACGGAGGCAAAGCGGUGAACCAGAACGCAACAUAG